AUGUACAAGAACUCCUCAACAGUUGCGCCCCAUGAGAAUGAAUUUGCUCCUUCUUUUGUCGCUUUAGAUCUUUCGAAUCAUACCUCUUCGCGUCCUGCCAUUACUCCUACAAAAAGCUCAAACGAGCCUUUCCGUUAUGAGAGACCAAGCUCAGUUCAUAGACGUUAUUCCUUUUCUAACGUUCAUGAGAAUGGAAGGCAAAAGCUGUUAGCAGCAAAAAGAAAAGAAUACCAAGAAAAGAUGGCGGCCUUUGAUGAUCUCAUUCAAAGAAGGCGUGGGGUUACUUUAACUUAUGCUUUGAAUCCUGAAGCUCUUAGUCGUUAA